CACACUGAAUUCUUCAGUCACUCAAAAAUGGGGCUGUUGUCAAUUUAUUUCAAACCCAAUUUUUUGGGUUUAUUAAAAUGUUUAAACAAAUUAAAUUGGUUUAUUGUGUUCUUUAGUUUAAUUAAUUUAUCGGUAUGCAUUUACGAAGACCAGAUCGGAAAAUUCGACUGGCGUCAAACAUACGUGGGAAGGAUCAAAUUUUCCCAAUUCGACACUGUAUCCACAGCCAAGAAAAUAAUUGUCGCUACCGAGGAAAAUGUUUUGGCAGCACUGAAUUUAAAAACUGGUCAAGUGGUAUGGCGUCAUGUGUUCGAGAGUGCCUCUACAGGCAACAUUCAGCUCCUACAAAUAACAGAGAAGGUGGUCACAGUCUCCGGAUCCAACCCUUACCUGGUACGAGGAUGGAACUCUGCUACAGGGGUCCUCCAAUUUGAAUGGUCUUUGACUCUUCAAAAUGAUGAGCAAGCAGACUUCUCGGAGUGGUGGGUGCAGAAUGACAUGUUGGUUCACAUGCUGCCAGUGUUUGGAUCACAUAUUGAAGUCACCAUGUACAACCUCGCCACUGGACAGAACAAGGGAUCUACCACCAAGUUACCUGCUGUAUGGUCCAAUGAUGGAUGCAUAGUAACAGCACCAUACUACACAUGUAUCCACGGCCCAAUGGGUAAUCAGCAGCUGUUCUCAUUGGACGUCACAUCAAACACGAUGCACCUCAUAAGCCAACCACUCUCGGAGUACGUUACUUUGUCUUCUUACGAUGGCAAUCUCCGACCGCUUGAUGGCAACGGUAUACUACCAGCGUUCACGAUAGACGAUAAGAAGAUUAUUAUGAUAAAGAACAGCCAGUUUGAGAUGUUGAAGACUGAUGUAGUGGACCCGUCGGCUAGCGUGGCGAUUGUAGAUGUCGCGAAUGGUCCCGCUGUUCUGCAGACUUGGAUUGAUGAUACACAGGGCUUCUCGAUGCGAGCUAACAGCGUGUCCACGGGCGCGGAGGUGGCGGAGCUGCGCACGUCGGACCGCGAGCUGCGGCUGCCCGACCCUGAGGUAUCGUCCGCCGUGUGCACCAAGUCCGCGCGGGAACAGCUCGUCUGCAGGGUACUGCUCACCGGCGGAGACGACUCCGUGCAUCUCAUGCAGCAAGGAGGUCGCAUACUAUGGUCUCGUGAAGAAGCUCUAGCAAACGUCGUGGCUGCUGAAUUCGUGGAGUUGCCAGUAUCAGACUUAGAUGCCGCUAUCGAGUCGGAGUUCGACCAGAAAGAAGCUGCCAAGAUGUAUAGUUCGAUAUGGGCAGCGUUCUCCCGCCGCCUGCAGACGCAGUUCCAGCAGCUGCAGACGUUGGUGCACAGCAUACAGAGCGGCGAGGUCCUGGAGGACGACCCCCCCUCCGCGCUAGUCAGGGACUACUUCGGCCUACACAAGAUUAUUGUACUUGUCACCGAUGUUGGCAAGAUCUUCGGCAUGGACAAUCUGUCCGGUUCGAUCCUCUGGCAGUACUACGAGUCGAGCCUGGACACUGAGAACGUGUUGGUGUACACGCGCCGCACCGCGCGACACCCGCCGCACGACGCCUACCUCACUGUUGUUGGGAAACAUGAGGAGACAGGCAACGGCCUAAUCAUCAGCCUGAACCCAAUCACGGGCUCCCUCAUAGGCGAGCGCGUCCUACAACUAGACGUGCAACUCCUGCAGGUCGCCGUACUACAUAAAGCUGAUAAUGAGAAGCUGCACGCUCUCAUAUUGCUCGAUAAGGAUGAAAAUGUUCAGAUUCUACCUCAGUCGGCGGCGCCGCUGGUAGAGAACAUGUUCAUGUAUGUAGCGGAGAGGAACACUGCGCGGGUGCAGGGAUACGCAAUCAUAUACAACGGACAGACAGUAGAAGCGCUCCGCACAUGGUUGGUCCAACUGGGCGGGUCGGCGGAGGCGGGGCACCGCAUCGUGGCGGCGGCGGGCAAGCCGGGCGGGGAGCGGGUCCACUCCCCGGGCCGGGUACUGGCCGACCGCUCCGUGCUCUACAAGUACGUCAACCCCAACCUCGUGCUCUUCGUCACCGAGGGACCGGAUCCACUGCACAAAGAUGUAGUAGUAGCGACGUGCGUGGACGCGGCGUCGGGUGCCAUAAUAGCGGCGCAGGCCCACCGCCGCGCCCGGGCACUGCCCUACGUCGUACAUACCGAGCACUACCUCGCCUACCUGUACUACAACGACAAACAUCGGAGGACUGAGAUCGCGACGGUGGAGCUGUACGAGGGCAAGCAGCGCUGGUCGGGCGCGGGCGCGGCGUUCACGUCGCUGUGGGCGGAGCGCGCCGCGGCCGUGGAGCGGCUCGCCUACAUCCUGCCCGCCGCGCCCGCCGCCGCCGCCGUCACACACACCGAGCGCUCGCUCACCGACAAACACGUGCUGCUGGCGUUAACAUCAGGCGCAAUAGUAGAAGUACCGUGGGCGUACUUAGAAGGCAGACGCGGAGGAGGUGAGGAAGGCGCCAUGUUGCCGGCGCCGGCGCCCGAGAUCAUGUUGGCGCCCGAGGCACGGCUCAACUACAACCGCACGUUGGCGCGCCCGCGGCAACUCUACACGGCGCCCGCUGGACUCGAGUCCACUAGUCUUGUGCUGGCCACUGGACUUGAUCUAUUCUACACUCGAGUAGCACCAUCAAAGACGUUCGAUCUCCUGAAGGAUGACUUCGACUACUACCUGAUCACCAUAGUCCUGGCAGCGCUCAUCGUCGCCACGUACAGCACCAAAUACUUCGCCUCGCGGAAGAUGCUCAAACUGGCGUGGAAGUGAUGCAACUAUAGUCUCUAGGGUACUGUAAAAAGGAAUUUGGACUGUGCUCCCGCGGAAAUAAAGUUCAGAUCUAUUAAACAGGUACGCUACGAAAAGUAUUUGCCUACCGCCUAAAUAAGGCAAGUAAUUAGAUUAUAAUGAUACUGAUUCGCAAGUUAGCAUUAAAGUAGAAGGUAAUUUAAAGUGUUCUAGAACGAAGUAAUGCUAAAUAUCAAAGAUUGAUACAAGUAAUUUAAUGAAUAACUAAUGAUAAGAUGUUAAAAUUAUUAUUAUACAAUAUUUAUUGUCAAAUUCUAGAUAGUGUUACUUGCUUUUCUAUUUCUGCGAUUUUGUACAUUAGACUUCAUGGUUCAUAUCAACUUGAGUGCUCCUGUCUCGAAAAUUGUGCCAUUGUAGUCUUCAAGAGAUUCUAUUUUCAUGGCACCCACAACUUUUGUUAAAUUAAAACCCACUGCCAUAUUUUCCGACGCAGUCCAAAUUCCUAUAUUUUAAUGGACUUUAACAAAUAAACAAUAUAAAUAUAAUAGUUUCGUGAUCGUGCAUAGUGAGUGUUCACGUUUAGUAAAUGGAUACACAGUAUAUACUUUAAGCUUGGGCUCCGUUGUAGGAAGUAUAAUGAAAUAUAUACCUUUGCCUAGGAUAAUAUGAAAUGGAAUACGGCCUUUAUGAGACUGCUCGUAUACUGACUAGCAAGAGUAUUUUAAAACAUGUGAACACGGCUACGCAGAAAGCUAUUGAAACUAGUAUAAACUGACCAUUGAUUGAGCGGAAAGGUCAUACAAAGCGAGACCAUAGUAAUCUGGUUUUAUAUAGCUCGAUGUAUUGCCGUAUGUACUAACAGCGUUAAUGCUAGUCUAGUAUCUACACAGUAACAUUUUGUACGAAGCAAUAAUGUUUAUAAGAGAACUGUAAAUAUUGUUACACUUAUACAACGGUGCGUUGAGCGGCAUAUCUAUAGUGAAAUCUGAUGUUUCUGAAUCAAUUCAGUGAUCAAAGUUGUUCAAAUAAAUAUCGGUCUAUAUAGUUUAAGUUGACCCCUCUUUUUCACGUUUGAACCCUCGAAUUGUUUUAUAUAUUCAAUGGUUGAGAUCUAUGAUAAAUGAUCUUCUGCACUAUGUAUGAUAAAGGCUCACAUUAAACUGUAUAGACUUUCUAUUGUAAAAUUUAGCUAGUGCAAUUUAGAUGUAUUAUUUAUUUAAGGGUGGUUUGUAUUAUACGAUUCAUUUUAAAUAUAUUUAAACCAUUCCACGAUUUGUCACCUUAUAAUAUAUCAAUUUUAACGUCAUUCUAUUGUAAAUUAAAGAUAUAAUUAUUUUUUCCUAUUAAAAUCUAUUCUAAAGUCGACUUAAGGUGACUGAGAUGAGUGUAAUCUUAUUGAACAUAGCAUUUAAUAUAAUUAUGUAUCUUAUUCAAUAUGUCCGAGCAUUUGUUCCUACAGUUUUUUAUGUUUCUUAUCUAUUGAGACAGAGGAAAACUGCGCAAGAAAUCGUUACUGUUUAUGUUUGAUGCAAUUUCCACAGAUUGUAUAAUAGUACAUUGUAUAAUCUCAGUUAAUUUUAAGUUCCAUUCAUAUUUAAAAAAGUAGAAAGUAUUAGAGCUCACGUCACACAUUACAAACUUUCAGCUACUCUCUGUCGAGUAGAACUACUUAAUUAUGUACUUCAAUGCAUAAUUUUAGAAGCAGUUUAUUGCUUACUGUUUUGUAUAUUGGUCUCUGGUAGUUACAUUUAUUGAGACAUCGGGCACUGUUUCUAGAUCUUAGAGUUAUAAUAGACAAGAUAUAUUUCAUCUGUUCUCAGUUUAGAAUUGUUCUAAUCGCAAUAAACAAUAUGUAAAAAUAUUCCUACACAUGAUUCCUUACCUAUGUAAUAGAAAACGUUUCAUAGACACAUUGUUGCUUACAUUAUUUCGUGAAUUCUAUCCAUACUCUUAGUUGUUCCUCUAACAUCUCGACCUCACAUUCAAAAUUUACAAUAUGUUUAUUUAAAAGAAAGAUACACGUUAAUGUAAGCGAGGUUUUUUUGUUUAAAAGUAUUUGCUCACGCAGAGUUGUUAAUUAGCAGUUAAGGGUAAAGUUUACCGUGUCUUAUUUGUUUAUUAUGAUGUUUCUUUGUUAUUUCAAUUUGUUGCAAUGGUGGCUUCAUAGUUCACAGGUAGAACAUUGCAACCACACUCAUAGCUACCGCUCAUGGGAGUGACAGAAUUCUGUGACUCCAUGUGUGAAUAGUUUUAUUAUACAAAUCUAACAAAGUAUUUAUAUUUAUCUUAUGAUGCCAAGAUUCUUUCACACAUACAAAUAUGUUAACGUUCUUAAGUAGUUAUUUAUAAAAUAAAAUGUAAUAAAUUAUAUUAUUUAUUAACUCAGUUCAGUUAUUCAAAUGUAACUUAUUUAUUCCCUUUAGUACGGAAUGUUACCAUUUCAUUGUUUAAUUUUAGCGGUUUGGAUGAUAAUAUAACAGUAUGUUGUGAUUUAUGUUAUUGUACUUCUCAUGUCUAAGCUGCUUUUGAAAAUCGGUAUGAACAAUCAUAGUUAGCCUAAUGAAGUUUUAGUAAAUAUCUGUUGAAAAUAAUGUCGAAGUUAAGGUUUUACAUUUCAUGUAAAGCUUGUAUAUGUAUACACAUUGAAGGUUUUAGGUUGUGGUAUUUAUUGUAUCAAUAUCAGCAAUAUUUCAGUUCUUAAUUUAAUACAGACAAAGUAUAUUAUUUUGUGUAUAUUUAGAUCACAUUAUGUUCAACGUAAGAAACAUCUAUCAUAUGCUCUUGAUCAGGGCGCAUUUGAACAUACACAGUUAAUUUCAGAAAAUCGUGAGUGGUGUGAAGUCCCUAUAUACAGUGGCUUCGAUUAGACUGAGACAAAGAUGUGAGAGUGGUUGCAAUACAUAAGUAAAUAUUAUAUAUACUGUAAUAAAAAAUGGGUAUUUGUUUUCUGUGACCAAUGUGUUUUUGUAAAAAAUAAAGUUGAAGUAAUUACUGCCA